ACUAUUGCACUGCACCACUCUGCUCUGUCCCCAGACGCUAAAGAACCUGGUGCUGCCUCAGCGUCAGCACGGCCGCUGCAUCGACAUUGCGACGGUAGAUUAGUUCUCUGCGUUCUCGUGGCGCCCGAAAGAAAGUGUUCCCAUCUGUUCUCGGAUCGUCGACGUCCAAGAGCAAGCGUCGCGCGGAUUGCUGGGAGGGGAAGAAUUAGAGAGCGAAGAUGGAGGGUCCUCAGCAGAUCGCCUCGACCAAAAUGUUCGGUGGCUACAACAAACGGUACAAGUUUCAGAGUCGUGCUCUCGGCUGCGAGACGACCUUUACCAUUUUCUUCCCACCGGCAGCCAGCGAGAAAAAAGUUCCCAUUAUAUACUGGUUGUCUGGUCUCACUUGCACGGAUGAAAAUGUUUUCAUCAAGUCAGGGGUCCAGCGACCUGCAGCGGAUCAGGGCAUCGCAAUUAUUGGCAUGGAUACUUCGCCCAGAGGCUUGAACGUGGAGGGAGAAUCUGACAGUUGGGACUUCGGUGUAGGUGCGGGAUUUUAUUUAAAUGCAACACAAGGAAAAUGGAAAAACUGGCAAAUGUAUGACUACGUCACAAAGGAACUGCCGGAAUUGUUGAAGGCAAACUUUUCCGAGUUGGACACCUCGCGGGCCUCUAUUUUCGGGCAUUCCAUGGGUGGACACGGGGCCCUAACAUUGUACCUAAAAAAUCCGGGUGCAUACAAGUCUGCAUCAGCAUUUGCGCCGAUCUCCAAUCCAUCUGCAGUCCCUUGGGGUAAGAAGGCUUUCAGUAAUUACUUGGGAGACGACAAAUCCGCAUGGGAGGCUUAUGAUGCUACCUGUCUAGUGAAGAACUAUCAAGGGCCGAAAAGUGUAGAGAUCCUUAUUGAUCAGGGUGAAGCUGAUGGUUUCCUUAAGGAACAGUUGCAACCUGAGAACUUUAAGAAAGCAGCGGAGGCAGCGGGAGUGCCAGUCAAUUUGCGUAUUCAAAGUGGAUAUGAUCACUCUUAUUAUUUCAUAAGCACCUUCAUUGAAGAUCACGUUAUGCACCACGCAAAAGCUCUUCACAGCUGAAUGUCUUUAUCUGGUGGAUCCCAAUUUUGUUGCAAGAUUUAGGCCGAAUAUCAUGAUAGCAAGUUUUAAGCUUUCUAGGGGUCCUCCCAAGGGUGUUACGACAUUGGAAUUGACAUCCCGGAGAAAGUGUGUUUGGUAUGUACAGCAUGUAGCAGGAUACUCCAUUAUGAGAUAAAAAUGCGUUGUGAUAGAUCAACGUGUCUGGUUGAACUUAAACCUCAUUAUGCUACUUUGGUGUCUGGGACGUGUAGGAUUGUCUGCUUGUCUUUCACGCAGCAAUUGCAGCUUGCUGUGAGCCAACCGAUACCUGACAACUAUUGGUUAUAGGAAACGGUGACCUUGUCAUAUUGCCGACGUCUGAGGUUGGCAAUUCAUUCUUCCUUAGUCCAUCCGGUUCUCCUCAGUGCGUGCCUGUCAUAGCCUUAAGACCAUGGACCCCGGUUGAACAGUCCUACUAACAUGAAGGGGCUGAAUAUCACAUUUCACUGAAGGCAGUACGUACGAUAGCUGCAAGUAUGUAUACUGUUAGAAAGGACCCACGGGUUUAACCACGUGCGAAGAAAAUCAAUGCAGUGGACCACGGAUUUUAUAAUAAUGGAUAGUUCGAAGUCAAGUACCUGGUCUGCUCCAUGUCGAAGAAUCAGAGUGGCGCUAAUUACAGUGCUCAGUAGAGAGUAAAGGACGCACCCCUAACCCAGCUUCAUUUGAGGGCUUUUUUCAUGGUCCAUUUCGACAAUGAACGUAGGGUUUCGUC